CUGCGGGGCGUGGUUUCAGUGACAGCAGGAAGAAGGCUGGUGUGGCCGCGGACUCGAACCUUCAGCAGCCGCUGACUCUCUUCUCCCUUUAGAAAGACGUGGAUGUGAUGGCGCCCAGAGGGAUGAACCUGUGGAGCGUGUGCGGGCUGCUGCUCUAUGUGACCACGGCGGUGUUCGCGGGGAGGGAUUUCUACCAGAUCCUGGGGGUGACCAAGAGCGCCACGGUCCGGGACGUCAAGAAGGCCUACAGAAAGCUGGCCAUGCAGCUGCACCCGGACCGGAACCAGGACGACCCCAAAGCCCAGGACAAGUUCGCGGACCUGGGGGCAGCGUAUGAGGUGCUCUCAGACGAGGAGAAGAGGAAACAGUACGACGCGUAUGGAGAAGACGGACUGAAAGAAGGUCACCACGGUUCACACAACGACAUCUUCUCCAGCUUCUUCGGUGACUUCGGUUUCAUGUUCGGAGGAAACCGGCAGCAACAGGACAGAAACAUCCCCAGAGGAAAUGACAUCAUACUCGACCUGGAGGUCACGCUUGAAGAGGUGUACUCUGGGAAUUUUGUGGAGGUUGUACGAAACAAACCUGUAGCUAAAGAAGCUCCUGGCAAGAGGAAGUGUAACUGCAGACAGGAGAUGAGGACGACGCAGCUCGGACCCGGACGCUUCCAGAUGACCCAGGAGAUGGUGUGUGACGAGUGUCCCAAUGUAAAGCUGGUGAAUGAAGAGCGAACCCUGGAGGUAGAAAUCGAACAGGGAGUUAGGGAUGAAAUGGAAUAUCCUUUCAUUGGAGAAGGGGAACCUCACAUUGACGGCGAACCUGGAGAUCUACGAUUCCGCAUCAAAGUUUUAAAACAUCCUGUGUUUGAGCGCAGAGGAGACGACCUGUACACCAACGUCACCAUCUCCCUGGUGGAGGCUCUGGUCGGCUUUGAGAUGGACAUUAAACAUUUGGACGGACACAAGGUCCACAUAGUGAGAGACAAAAUCACGAAACCCGGCGCUCGGAUGUGGAAGAAAGGAGAAGGUCUUCCCAACUUCGACAACAUCAACAUCCGAGGUUCCCUCAUCAUCUCCUUCGAUGUGGAGUUCCCUCAGACGCAGCUCGACGAGCAGCAGAAGGACGGAAUACGCGGUCUUCUGAAGCAGGGCUCUGUACAGAAGGUUUACAAUGGACUACAAGGAUACUAACCACACACACAGCCUGGACUGCCACACACAAACACACACACACACACACACACAACAAACACACAUCGUCAAUCAACCGGAGCACGCUCCAUAGUUCUGGCCAGGGUGUAUUUAUUUUUUUUCCUAUUUUUCUCAGGAUGGAUUGAACCCAAUUUAGUUUUGACUUUUUAAUCUCGUCCUCGGUGGCACGAUUACAGGCGCUUCAUUUGUGUGUAGACGGGAACCGAUGCCACGCCUCUCUUGUACCUUGUCAUAAGGCCUUUCUGUUUAUUUGAACAAUCCAAUUAUCCUGUUUGUGUCCGAGUGACGUGUGGAAGUCAAACGAUGCCGUCUUCAUGGAGGCGACAGUCAGACUCUCACUCGUCUCCCCGGACGUCUGCUGCUGCAGGAACUCGACUCCUCAAGAAGAAGAAGAAGAAGCUCGAUCCUUGUUUAUGUUAUAAAUUAAUUUUAUGAAUGUUAAAGUAAUGGAACCGUCUUGUUGCUCUGGUCAGAGUCCUGUUCAAAGCUCCUCUGUGAAAAGGGAAGAACAAAACUCACCUGUUGUGUUUAAGUUUACUAAUUUAAGCAUUUGGAACCACACACACACACACACACACACACACUUCUUACAUUAGACAGCGUGACUUUUUCCAUCGAGUCUCUCUCUCCCUGUAUGGCCGGACUCUCACUCAAAGGGACUUCUGACGAUGAGGCGUCACCCCCCAACCCCACCCCCUGGGUUCAGGAACCCCCCCCCCCCCCCCCCCCCUUCUCUCUCUGUUCUGACCAUCGUCUGCAUCGCUGCCUCCCGAUUGGACGAGUGCGUCACAGCCUUCAAUGUGAAUCAUUCGGCCGUUUCUACUGGGUGUUUUAGGGGAUGAUGUACUUUUGACUGACUAAAUAAAUAAAAAAAGGAUUUGUACAAGUUG